CAUACUAAUCCAGUUGCGGCUCGUCCAUUGUACAGCGCUUUGUCACCUUGUGGUGGCUUGGACUCGCGUGAGAGUUAGUGGCCCCUAUCACUAAGUUCGGCACUGCCUGUCACCGUGUUGCUGCUUCAAUGGCAACUUUGAUUUCAAGAGCUACGCUGCUAUGUCGCAAAGGAGGUACCCCGUCCGUGGCAGUGCUUGGACCACGGCAUCCUCGUGUGCCUACCAGCACCACGGCCUUGCCAUGUUCGCCAGUGAUGGCACAGAGGCGUGGGCAUGCUGUGGCGGCCAUGGCUGCUGGGGGUAGCGCCUACGGUCCUUCUAAGGAGACCUUUGUGGAGAAGGCGCUCUCUUCUUUGGGAAUUAUCCGCUUCGUGUGCGCAAUGGCGCUGUUCGUGCGUUUGGCAGUGAAGCAUAAGGUUCACCUACACCCUUUUGCUGGCUCCGCGGCUGAGCUGGCAGGAGGGGUGAUGUUUAUCUUGCUUGCCAUCUGGGACUUCGUGGCCCGCAGCUCCAAUGUGGCUGGCUACCCUGCCGGGCCCCCCCUGAAGAUGGAGACUGAUAUUCCUGUGCUCCCCGAGCUGAUGAAGACAAUUAGGAAGAAGGAGACCGAGAUUGCGAUGAUGAAGACCGAGAUUACGAUGAUGAAGACCGAGAUUACGAUGAUGAAGACCGAGAUUACGAUGAUGAAGACCGAGAUUGCGAUGAUGAAGACCGAUUUGCACGAAGUGAGGUCCGGCAUCUGCAGCUUAAUGACUCAGCAGUUGCUAGCAACUGCUGCAUUGGUGCAGACAACUGUCGCAUGGCAGCAGACAAUGAACAAUAAGCUCGAGCACUCAUGAGUACCAGCUGCUGCAUUUAGAGCUUGAAAUAUAGCAGGCAUAAGCUCAGAGACGGGUGUGAGUUUGGGCUAUCGGGGCCAGGGGCUUGUGUUGGCCUUGCCUGUGCCUGUUUUCGGUUGACUGGUUGUUUCCGUGAGGUGGGGUUAGUAGUGCACAGUGUGGGGAAUUUGUGCGGAGUACGUCGACUGGGUUUGAAUGAGUGACUGUUACAAUGGCUCCCUAAAAGGGAACACAGGUGAAGGGUUUGGUGCGUUACCGUAGCCUUAUUCCGUGUAUGGCUGAUUGGUCGGGCGUGCACCAGGGCUUUGCAAUUCCUCUGCUUACCUGUGCCUUGUAACGCUCUGUGAGCAUUACAGCGCACCAGAAGUGCACCCUCGAUACCCCCACAGCUGUGUUCUUGCGGUUGUGUAGAAUGCAUGUACCCUGUAUAUAGCGUUAAUAUAUGUGGGCUAUCUGUUCGUAUCCGCCAAAGUAGCUCGUGUGUAUGGUGCCAUGGGAUAAACGUUUGCCUGUCAAACAGCUUGUGCUACGCUAACACAUCAAGAGCACUGCUACGGGUACCAAGGAAUCCUUCUUGCUCCUGUCAGUGUAACGCUGCACAACUCACAAGUUGGUUGGGUUCAUCACCCGUAUUCCCUUUUGGGUCAUUCAUGUAUGGUCGUGUGAUAGUUCUUAUAACGGUCAGUUGGUGUGAUGUACUUGUUUUUCGAUGUCGUGUAUGCAGAAGGAAGGCGUUUACCACUUAACUGUUGUUGAAAAGGUUUGGAGACCAUGGGAGGUUUCCACAGUGUCAACUGACGUGAUGUUGCAGACGGCAAGCAAGCCGGCAGGCAUAAGCUAUCGCACAUAUGUACCGCACUCCUACCUAGUUCUCACCAACAAGUAGCGCCUUGCACCUCUCUAGCUGCAUUACUAUGCGGUCUGCACGCUGGCACCACCGCC